CCCUAGCUUUUUACAUCUUCUUCUGGCACUAAAACACGCCAUUUUGACACAGUGAAUAUGUAGCGUCGACAAAACAAGCAAAGUUUUCCAUUUUUUAUCGGUGAGUGAAAAAAUUGAACAACCAUGAAACCAACUGAACCACACCCGCUUCACCGGAAAUUGUCCGGUCCAGCCAUUGGAGGAAUAUGUUUCGGUACCAUAGUGUUUUUGGUUUCUAUGACAGCUCUUGUUUACAAAUGUUACAGACGCCGAGUAAUGGUGAACGCCCAAAAUCGUCUAUCCACCGCCAUAAAGAAAGGACUUCAGGAGAGUACCUCGGGAAGCUUCAGGAAAAGUACUCCCGUCCGUAGCACGGGAAAAGUUAUGAAAUCCAAAGCAACCAGUCCUAUCACACCCCCAAGCUGCGGUGGAGAAUUAGGGGGAUUAGAUCGUAUUCCUAUUGCUGGAUUUUCAACCCCAUCUCGGGAGUGUGGGCAUGGCAAAUCAGAAGUUUAUAUUGAACAUGAAAAAGGAGGCGCGACCCCCGAGAAGGAGGAAUUACUAAAGGAAAAAUACCCCAGUGAGAAGGCCACACAAUUGGGUUCGGUUGAGUUUUCUGUCGAGUAUGAUACUGCUAAACAGGCCCUUAUUGUUAGUAUAGCUAACGCAACCAACCUACCCCCGCGGGAUCCAAAUCUUGGCGGAUGUGACCCCUACAUCAAGCUGCAAUUACUUCCGGAGAAAAAGCACAAGUGUAAAACAAGAGUGCUCAGGAAAACGCUUGAUCCAGUCUACGACGAAACAUUCACAUUCUUUGGAAUCGCGGCCAACCAGUUUUCAGGAAUAACUCUUCAUUUUGUGGUUUUAAGUUUUGAUCGGUUCUCGCGAGAUGAUAUUAUUGGGGAAGUGAUUUAUCCACUAUCUGGUGUUGACCCGGAAGGGAAACAAGUUAAUGUUAUUCGGGAGAUUUCACCACGUCAUUUGAAGUUAAGAAGUCAGGGUAGAGGAGAGUUAUUGGUAUCGUUAUGUUAUCAACCAGCAGCUAACAGACUAGGAGUAGUGGUACUAAAAGCCAGAAAUUUACCCAAGAUGGAUAUAACAGGACUUUCAGAUCCUUACAUUAAAAUAUAUCUGCUGUAUAAUGGUCAACGGAUAGCCAAGAAGAAGACACACGUGAAGAAAAGAACCUUAAAUCCCGUAUUUAAUGAAUCAUUCCUCUUCGAUGUCCCUUAUAAUGAGGGAUUGCAAAACAUCAGUUUGGAGUUCCUCGUUUUGGAUUGGGACCGAAUGACGAAAAACGAAGUAGUGGGGCGUCUGGAGAUAGGCUCAAAAACAGGACCAACAGAAGUGUCACACUGGAACGAGGUUAUAAAUUGCCCAAGAAAGCAAAUUGCAGAAUGGCACAAGCUCAGGGAAUGAGAAACGUAAAUAAUAAAUAAUACAUUUCGUGUUUAAUGAGGAGCUCGGUCUUUCCAUUUUGUUAUGAAAAAUUAAUAGCCACUGUUUUAACUAACAACCUCUGUUUAAAUUAACUGCCGCUGAUUAAAUUAACAGUCUAUGUUUAAAUUAUAAACUGCUGUUUUAACUAACAAACGGCUUCUGUUUAAAUUAACAGCUUUUGUUUAAAUUAACAGCCACCGUUUAAAUUAACAGUCGCUGUUUAAAUUAAUCGCCGCUGUUUUAACUAACAGUCUUUGUUUAAAUUAACGACCCCUGUUUAAAUUAAUUGCCUCUGUUUAAAUUAAUUGCCCCUGUUUGAAUUAACGACCACUGUUUCAAUUAACUGUAUACGCUUAUUAUAAUUAUAAUUGUUUUAUUGAUAUCAAUCAAAGAGAACUUCCCUUCUAAAAGAAAUUUGAUUGAAAUUAAUAACCUUCGAGAAUGAAAACCGUAGAUAGUCUAAAAAAAUUGUGCUUGUUCUAAAAUAGUCUGUGAUGUAAAGGUUUCAAGGUUUUGCCUUAAACAUACAUUUUCGGAUUAUAAGAGUAAUAUAAGAGAUUUUGAAUACUUCUUAUUGUCCUGACCAGGUGUGUAGAGUGAUAUACUCAUUAUCACCCAGUGUCCUUUCGAGGACUCUUGUCUUUUUGGGAAAUUCUAUGAUGAUUUGGUUAUCUGUUAGAUACACGAUUUUAGCUGUUAGUGAAAAACGUGAUCUCGUGCCGGUAGUCAUGUAUGCGAGUGGUUCUUAGAAUAUCACAUGAUAAAUGUCUUAACUGGUUUUGAAACCAAAUAAUUUAUCAUAAAUAGUAGUACAACAGAUGGACACAGCUCACCAAUUAUUCCUACGUCGUCACCAACGAAACAAGGGCCAAAGCUAUUGUUAGGCUUUCUCCACCUUGCUCCUUAUCUCCCUUUUCCAUGGCGAUCUUUGUUGACUUUUUGGUUUAGAAUUGAAGAAAAGGGUUUGAUUAUACAUUUUCAGCCAGGUUUUGGUGCAUAUUCGUGAUUUUGAGGCUUAAGGAUACAAGAGUUAAGAGGUUGGUUGGGUUAAAAUAUAGGGCGGAAUAUUGCAUGUUUAAUUGUCUCUACUUCCAACUUGUGUGUCUCAAGUUUUUCAUGAUGAACCUCAUGCUUUUGGGCAAGAGGUUGUCACAUGUUGCUCCAGCUGUGGUAGAAAAGCGUUCUACCAACGAAAAUUUGGGAAAAAAGUUAGAGCCGGUCUAAGAGACGAGAAUUAGCAUUAACGUCGAUGGGGAAAUCAUUGGUGAUCUGUGGCCAGAUAGCGUGAGAAUAGUACCGCACCCAUUUUAAGAUUAUCUAUGGAGACCAAGUCAUGACAUUAUUUGACUAGACAAGAACGAUACUGCCCACCGAUUGUUAUAUUAUUAUUGUUAUGUAUUGUAGUUAUUAUUAUGUUAUAUUGUAUAUGUUAUAUGCUAUUAAUUGUAUAAGUACUUUAGUAUCGCAAUAUUACUUAAGAACUGACAAAAUUUGUUUUACCGGUUCAAUUAUUAAUCCGUCGUUUAAUAGUAUUUUUGCAUAUUUAAUGAAUAAACUUAUAACAAAUCUAGACGAUUAUCAUUAUCGAUUUUGAUACUAAAGUUAUCGCAGAAAACAAAUGAUAACAAAUCUAGACGAUUACCGAUUUGUAUAUUAAAAUAACUUCAGACAAAAGUGACAAACAAUAAUAGAAAAAAACCCCAUAAAAACAACCCUUAAACAAAAUUAUAUAUAACCGAACGGAACAAAAGAGGAUUAUUAAUAAAGGCCUAUACAUAUUGGGAUUUUUAAAAAAAUGUACCAAUUUAAAGUGAUUACUUCACAAAACAGUACACAGUUGAACAGAAACGAAAUGCUGGGGAUGACCAGAUACGAUGUUGUUUAUGUUAUUACCUUUCCAGAAACAAUAACAGAUUUUUAAGUUGACAAACCCGUUUUCUACCAUUAUAUUUAUAAAAGUGUCAGCUUAAUAUUUGUAAGAGUUAGCUAUGAUAUACGCCUAAACGUGUAGUCAUUCGUGAAGUAGAAAUGCUGUAAUAUAUUACGUCAUAGAUAUAUUAAUGCUUUUAUUUUCUGUACAUAUGUACAGUUAAUUUAAAGCAAAACCCAGAAGUAGGCAUAUAGCCUUCUGAACGUUAUGUAUACGUUACCCACGCAUUUGCACCCACUGUAGAAUUUAGCACACCCAUUUAGCACCCUACCUUAAUUAACUCUCUCUAUAUAGCUGCCCACUACAAGGCCACAAAAUAGUGUACAUAGAUUUUUUGUGUAUAAUACCCUGUUCUAUAUUGUCCUUGUUUGUUUGUAAGUCAUAUGUUAAAACAGUCAUCUACAAGUAUUUUUGGAUCUAUAUCCAUCAAUUGUCACCGAUUUUCGCACGUGCGAAUAUAACGCAUUUUCCUCAGAUUAGUCGAGCCCAUUUAGAUGUUUACGUUUACAUUGAUAUUAACAACAUUUUGAUCUUUAAUUCUUUAGAAAGUUUUGACACUGUGGAAUAAUAUUUUCUGGAAUCUUAAGCCUAGCUUACGUCGCCUAACGACUAACGAAAACUGGGAGCUUAUUUCGCCACGACCCAAUAUUUCCACGAUUGGAUGCAACCAUGAACAACCAGUUGAUCAUAGUCGUAAGCGCGCUCAUGUCGCCCGGCGUCAGUUGCAGAACCGGGGUCACAACUGAUCACAUGACUGCCAUGUGAUAACCUUCAAAAUGUCCUCAUUCCACGUGUCCGCCAUGUUUGUACCGCCCCUGGGUACCACGUGACUAAAUAACCGAAUCGUAUUGGCUGCCUCACCGAGGCGCCGACUCAAGGUAGUUGCAGGCACGCUCAUGUCGCUUGCGACUAGGGACAACUAUUUAUCUCCAGUCGUAGGAGUAGAACAUGUGCGACUCCGAGAAACUGGAGUCGACGGCGACUUACACCAGUCGUAAGAGCGCCCACGUCACACAGGUAGUCAAAACUGAUCAGUUCCACUUGAUCGUAAACCAGUCGCCGAUUUCGAAUCGACGUCAAUUUUGUCGCGUCGUAGGGCGACAUAAGCUAGGUUUUAGAUCGAAAACGUGUAGUUUUAAUAUCCAAUUUUUGUAGCUGACUUAAUCAAAACCAAUUUACGAUAAAACUGGCUUUUGAGUUAUGAAAUCAAAACAUCACCCAUGUCAAACAUAUAUUGAACUAUAUUGUACAUAUGUUGUAUAUAGCAUGUAUAUGUAAUUGUGUUAUUUUGUUGUUGUAUUAAAACAAUAUUUUAAACAAUAUUGAUCUGUGGAAAUAAAAUAUAUUUGUAUCCGGUUUCUAGCAGACGUUCAAUUUUCGAUCAUGGAUUAUAUUUAAUAAAUAUCCAGACCGGAGACAAAUUAGCAGUAACCAAUUUGAUUCUCCAGGGUUUAAUGUUAUUAAUGUAAUUAUUUCCUAUUAAAAAACACAUAAAUUUCUCAUAAUUAAAACGUGGGGAAAAAAUCAACCACAUAAAAUAAUAGUUCUAGAAACCGGAUUCAGACCACUAAGAAAAUGAAAACAAUUAACUGCAGUUGAAAUGACAAACCGUUCAUUGGUGAUUAGUGUACACAUUAAAAUAAGUUUGAUUCAGGAUUUAGAAGUAUAUCUUAUACCAAUGUGUGGUAUCUCAGAACAAUGGUCAGUAGUUUAGUUCAAAAUCUUAGAAAAAAGAACAUUUGGAACUAAAGUCGCAGUUAACACGUGACCGAUGCUUAAAUAUUGAAUAGAUUAGAAUAGUCAUCAAUCCAAAAAGUCACCUGAACAUUGGUAUCUUUUAUUUCUUCAAUAUAAUUUUAGAACAAAACAUCUCGCCCAGAGUGUAAAAUCAUUAAGCCAAUGUCUUGGGCUGUUUAUUUAAGACUCUCAGAAAUUGUCUGAAAUUAAAAACAGAAAAGAAUUGAGAAAAAUAGCGGACUUUUAUCCCGAAUUUUCGUUUUUCUAGAUUACGGGAACUAGACUACAUCAUAUUUAUCAUAUUGUUCAAAUAUCAGUAAUGAUGCAGAAUACAAAAAACCAAAGACCCAGACUUUAUAGUUUCUUAAUAUUUCUAAUAAUUAAUUCCCAGUACUAAUAUCUUAUCAUUUUCCAUUCUGUUUAGGUACGACCAAAAUCUAGACAAGUUUUAACAUAUCGUUUUGUAGUUGUCAAAACAGAUUCGUGUCUAGAACUUACAGCGAAGAAUAUGAUAUUUCUUCGCCUCCUGGAGCACAAAAUGUCAGAGUUUUAAAUAACAUGUCAUGCUCGAAUUCUCUACGCGAGUUAUGAAUCUUAGACAAUUCCUGCUUGUUCUUCGGGGUUGUUAAAUGAGUCGACCAUCUUUGAACUCUUUGUAUAAUGUACCAGAGCUUGGUAUUGAAUUUGUUCUCUUACUUCCCCUAGAAACGGCUUAUUAUUCAUUCAAAGCAAUUCUUUCCUGUAUAGUCCGCCUCUUGUAAAAUACAUUAAUAAUCUUAUCAAGCCGACCAUCUUUUAUUACAUGAACAAUUUGAGUACUAAUAUGAUAUUAGUUCCCUUUAUUGGUUUUUUGAUUUUUUCAUUUAAUGAUAACGAUGGUUUAAAAAAUCUAAUUUAAAAAAACCAAAACAUUUCUCAGUUCUGAAAUGCACUGUAGCUUUGAUAAAUUUGUCAGUGUUAAGCUCGGAAUCUAAAGAGCUGCUUAUACCUUCACAUGUAAAAACACGUGAUAAAUAAAAUAUAUAUUAUUCUUUGA